GGAAAAAAAAGAAAGAAAGAAAAAAAAGAUAAAAAAGAAAAAAAGAAAAAAAAAAAAGAGAGAAAAGUGAAAACAAAAACGGAGAAGGCGUUUGUUGGCGAAAGAUUGGUUCGCUCAACGAACGCUUCAACGGCAUUAAUUCCCGGCCAUUAAGGAUAUGUGACUGAACAAGGAGGAGGAGGAGGAGAGGUUGAAGUUUGAAGGUGGGUUUGUGUGAUUAGGACCUCAGGUGAAAGAUCUGGGGCUCGAAUUUAUUUACAAUUACAGCAAUAAUUUGUAACAACAAUAAAGAAUAAUUAGAGAACAAAAAAAAAAAAUAUGAGCGCUUCGAGGUUUAUUAAAUGCGUGACGGUGGGUGAUGGAGCUGUGGGUAAAACUUGCUUGUUGAUUUCCUAUACCAGCAACACUUUCCCUACGGAUUAUGUGCCAACUGUUUUCGACAAUUUCAGCGCUAAUGUGGUUGUCAAUGGGAGCACUGUUAACCUGGGUUUGUGGGAUACUGCCGGACAAGAGGACUAUAACAGAUUACGACCUUUAAGUUAUCGUGGAGCAGAUGUUUUCAUACUGGCCUUCUCUCUCAUUAGCAAGGCCAGUUAUGAAAAUGUUUCCAAGAAGUGGAUUCCAGAGUUGAAGCAUUAUGCACCUGGUGUUCCUAUAGUUCUUGUUGGAACAAAGCUUGAUCUUCGGGAUGAUAAGCAGUUCUUUAUUGACCAUCCUGGUGCUGUGCCAAUUACUACUGCUCAGGGAGAGGAGCUGAGGAAGCUGAUUGGUGCACCUGCUUAUAUCGAGUGCAGUUCAAAAACACAGCAGAAUGUGAAGGGAGUCUUUGAUGCUGCCAUUAGAGUUGUUCUUCAGCCACCCAAGCAGAAGAAAAAGAAAAGCAAAGCACAGAAGGCUUGCGCUAUCUUGUGAUUGCAUAGUUGUAAAGAGAUAAACAGCUAUCUGUUUUACCUUUCUUCUCCCUCUCUGUUUCUCUUCCCUUUGCUCUUGAAGAAGCUUCGGGUCCUGAGAUAUUUAACAAACAAUACUUGGAUCUCUAGAAUUAUCAGGUCGCUUGGUGUUGCUCCCUUGGAAUUGUUUUGAUCUCUAAUUGUUGAAUCGCAUUACAUGGUUGCCCACCUUUACUUAAUUACCGGUUUUGAUUUGUUUUAUGUAUUAAUAGACUGGAUUGCCCCAGUUAGGAAAACAACCUUGCUUUGCAUGAGCACAGUUAUAUUUAUUACUUAGUAUUUUGCUUAAA